AUGUGGAUCUCCUCAAGACCUCGAACAGGAAUCAGAGUGGACGGACAACCGAUGGAACUCGUCGAUGAGUUCUGUUACCUGGGCUGUAUGCUGAAGAACAACGGCAGCUACGAGAGAGAUGUUCAGCAAAGAUGCGCUAAGGCCACUUCUGCAUUUAACUCUUUAACGAAAUGCCUGUGGUCGACCACCUUCACCGACGCAGUCAAGCUGCGAGUCUACCUAUCCGCAAUUCGCCCCAUCAUGAUGUACGGAUCGGAGACUUGGACAGCACCAUCUACGGUGAUGGAGAGGCUUGACUACACAUCACGAAAGCUGCUUAGAUGGCUACGUGGCUAUUUUUGGCCUAGGGUAUGUCACAAUGAAGAUCUUUACGCAGAAAUUGAUGUGGUACACUGGCGGAUGACAUGUGGAAGAUAUCAACGUUUUUCACCACCAUCGAAAGUGGAUAUAAGUAAAUCGUCUUCGCUUCUUCGGUCAUAUGUUAAGGAGACCUCCGGAUCGCCUUGUUCAACGAGUUCUGAGGAGUUUGUCGGGUUAAAGCUGGAAGAAGCCACCCGGCCGAAAACGGAAGUUGUUAAUUGA